UCAACCAUUUAAUAUAUUAAGCUCCAAAAGAACGGCUCUUCUCAUUUCUCUACACUAUAUAAACACUUGUUUCAUUUUCUCCACCACCAUCUCCUCCUCCUAAUCCUCUCUCUCUCUCUCAUCCCACAACACUCUCCUUUUCCCUUUUCGCUUGGCGAAACUAUAUAUAAAAAAGAAGAAUAUGAAGAGGAUGUUUUUGAGGGCUUGCUUUAACAAGUGGAGUAAGAUGGGGAGUAGAGUUAUACCUUGUGGAGGAUGUGAGCACUGCUGUAGCCAAUGGGGACUGUGGGGUUCUUUGCAUGAAGGGAAGUCUUCAAUACCUAAAGAUGUUCCAAAGGGUCAUUUAGUGGUGUAUGUAGGAGAAAACUACAAGAGAUUUGUGAUCAAGAUUAGCUUACUUGAGAAUCCUCUCUUCAAGGCAUUGCUAGAUCAAGCUCAAGAUGAAUAUGACUUCACUGCUGAUAACAAACUCUGCAUUCCUUGUGAUGAGAGUAUUUUUCUUGAUAUUGUUCGAUGUGCUAGCUCUCCACAGGGUCCAACAACCUGUCUGUGUCUUUAAGAUUCAUCCAAUAGACAACUCCGAUUGAUUCUUGUUUC